AUGGGCCUCAUUUUCGGUCUUUCUGCUCAAAUUUCCGGCUCAGCACGAGCAGAUUCGUCUUCAAAGCUUUCACCUUCGCCAAGGCCUCGCACCGAUCCGGCGGACCGCCGCCUCCGCCUCCGCCCCCGCUGCUGCAGCCUCCGUCCAAUUGGAAGCGAGCACCAUGGCCGCGGUCGAGCAGCAGCAGCAACGCGGCACUGCGCGGGUCUCCUUGUCCGCCACCGGCUCCGGAAGGUUCGUCACUCCCUUCUGGAAAGAGAAGCACGAGAGGGAUGCGAGGAUGUACUGGGACAUCUUCUACAAGCACCACCACGAGGACAAGGUAGUUCUUCAAGGAUCGACACUACUUGGAUAAAGAAUGGGGAAAUAUUUUGUGUUCAAUGCAGGUUGGUUGAGGAGUUGGAAACACAAUCUUUCCGUUGCUUUCUACAUAUCCAGAUAUAUUCGUUCAUGCCUGUGAUUUUUCUCCAUGAGCUGUUGACUUGGUCAAGAUGGAUCGUGGCUGGAUGUACAGUUCUCGUACGAACCAAUGGUACCUUGAUGGUGUGACGGAUUUUCUGGCAGCUGCCGAGGAGGAUCUUUUGGAGAAGGGUGUUGAAUUUAUAUAUUGUCC